AUGGUAAACUUCUCCCAUAGGCAAAUGAAGGAAGAGGAAAGGAGGUGCAUCACGGCUGUGGAUGCUUUCAACGUGGUAGAGAAGAAGAUUCAAAAGCUGACCACAAAGCUGAAUGAGGCUGACAAGGACAAGAAAAGCGCCGAGGCUACCUUGCAAGUAGCUGAGAGGCAAGUGGAGAGCCAAUCCAAAAAGCUUAUCACGGGCCUGAAGAAGAAGCUUGAAGAGGCCGAGAAGGCCAAGGACCAAGCCGAGCAAGAUGGCUACAAUGUGGGGGUAACAGAAACCGAAGAGGCUCUUAGGGUUGAGGUUUCGGGGGCCGCCACUGUCUCCAAAAAGGCAGAUGAAGACAAGGGCGGCCUAGCUAAGAUCCCUCCUUCCUCCACUAGUCCUCCUAAGGAAGCAGAACAAGCCAAGGCCACUAAAAAAGAGAAAGGCACAUCCAAAGGAGUGGUUCCUAAUACCACCAAGCCUUCACCUGCACCUAAGGACCCUUCUAAGGGCAAAGAAACUCCUCAACACCUAGAGAUUGUUCUUACUUCCCUUCUCGCGCCUGCCAAAGAGGACCCUAAGGGCAAAGGUCUAGCCUCUACUGUUGCUGAAACUGCCGAUUCCACCAAGGCCACAGGGAAGGAAAACCCCCCACCGAAGAUCAAGUAG